AUGACAUCUUAUUACGAAUUUGUGCUAUCAGAUUUUCAAAGCGGCGGCGCGGCGGACGGGUUCAAAAACGAUUUGAUUUCGACGAGGGAGGUGGAGUUUGUAAAAUUUUCAAAGCGGCGGCGCGGCGGACGGGUUCAAAAACGAUUUGAUUUCGACGAGGGAGGUGGAGUUUGUAAAGUAAGUAAUAUAUUAACAAUAUACGGCUGGUCCAUCUUAAAACCUAAUUAUCUGAUACAAUCGGCACCCCACACCGGGUCUAGCCACGCUUCCGCCGCGCUCGCCCGCCAUGCCACAAAGUCGCUAGGCCGCGACCCGGCUGCCAGUGUCCAUUCGGCCUUGUUCGACUUACGAAAAAGUUUUAACGUUCGCGGUUUCGCGGUAACGCGGGAAAAUAAAACUCGGGUUAUUACAUUGGAUUGCAAAAAAAAAACAAAUAGUUUUGUUAAAAUUGGUAUGAAUCUGUUGUUAGCAAGGUCACAGUACGCACAGCCGCGCGAACGAUUCAGCUCCACAGUGUCGUGAAAUGGUUGAUAUAAAUAUGUAAACAGUUAUUCGGUGCAAAAAAAGUGUUACGUAAUAAAUAGUUGAACGACAAGUGUAGAGAUGACGGUGGA